CCGUCGUUUAUUUACCCUUCAUAAUAGCAAAAGCAAAUCAAUUUCACCGAUUGGAAAGCCAGAGCUAGAGAGUGUGUAAACAAUGGCGUAUGUCGCUGCACGUCGCAAUUUAACUUCGUUCCUUACCCGAACUCUCGCUUCUUCUUCUUCAUCGUCUUCACUUUCUUCUCGUUCUCGAUUCGUUUUUUCUCUCCUCGACAAAAACCCAUCGAACCAAUUCGUCCCGGACUCUGUGAAAAUCCCUACCCGUUUCAAAACUUCUGGGUCAGGUUACUCGCCACUGAAUGAUCCGUCACCCAACUGGAGUAACCGACCACCAAAGGAAACGAUACUCUUGGAUGGCUGUGACUAUGAGCACUGGCUUAUCGUCAUGGAGUUCCCAACUGACCCAAAACCAACCGAAGAGGAGAUGAUCAACGCAUACGUCAAAACCCUUGCAACCGUCGUGGGCAGUGAGGAUGAGGCAAAGAAGAAAAUUUAUUCGGUUUCCACAUCGACCUAUACUGGGUUUGGUGCUUUGAUUUCGGAGGAACUCUCACACAAAGUAAAAGGGUUGCCUGGUGUUCUCUGGGUUUUGCCAGAUUCAUAUCUUGAUGUUCCCAACAAGGACUAUGGAGGGGAUUUGUUUGUUGAUGGCAAGGUCAUCCAUAGGCCUCAAUACCGGUAUGAUAGAUCAAACAGUCAAAACAGGCCUCGUGCCAGGUAUGAUAGACGACGUGAAACGAUGCAGGUUGAGAGGAGAGCGCCGGUACAAAGACAGAGCUGGGAACAGUCUGCGCAACAACCACCUUCAACACAGUCUCAGAAUUGAAUAGGUAUUUUAGAAAUUUAGAUGAGAAUAUCUAAGCAAGAAUUAAAGCAUUUUGUAUUUCUCUUGGAUACUGGCUUGGUUUUUGGUCAUAGUAUACUAGUUUUCUGGUGUCUUUGUGGAGAGUGAAAUGUGAAUCUUCUCUUCUAGGCUGUUUUGGGAACAUUCUACAUAUUGUCCUUGGAGAAUUCUUUCACGAGUACUGUUAUGCAUUGACAAUCGUUAAUCUCUGUUCAGUAAAUUAUGAUUGCAAAAAGGAAACUGGACUGUAAUCUUUUUUCUCCAAAAUUAUGUGUUCCUUUUUCUGUUGAGUUCCAUUGUUGGAUUGGAAAGCAUGUUCCAUAAGAGAGCAAUAUGUGUCAUACAA